AUGGCAGACAUAUUAAAAGGAAUUAUUCUUACUGUUCUAACAGAAAAGUGUUACACUGAGUAUUUUGUGAAAUAUAAUUUUCUGGAUGUACCAUGUUUUAAGGCUACAUUGAGCAAAGGACUUGGUAUUGGUAUUAUUGCUGGUUCAGUAUUGGUUAAGGUUCCUCAAAUUUUAAAAAUCUUAAAAAGCAAAAGUGCUGAAGGAAUUAAUAUUUAUGGAGUCUAUUUGGAAUUAUUUGCCAUUACAGCAAACUUUGCAUACAGCUAUGUUAUGAAUUUUCCAUUUAGUGCUUGGGGAGAGGGAACAUUUCUGGCAAUUCAAACAGCUGUGAUAGCAGCCUUGGUACUUUAUUAUGGGGGAUCAUCUGGGAAAGCGAUAUCCUUUAUAUCGAUAUACAUUGCUCUGGUUUCAGCUGUAGUAAGUGGGGUUGCACCUAAAGAUUUAUUAUGGACCUUGCAAGCUAUCAAUGUGCCUAUUAUAGUUGCUGCUAAGUCCAUACAAGUGAUUACCAACUAUAAAAAUGGCAGCACUGGCCAGUUAUCAGCUGUCACAUGUUUCUUAUUAUUUGGUGGUAGUAUCGCGAGGAUAUUCACAUCUAUUCAGGAAACUGGUGAUUUCAUAAUUAUUCUUAACUAUUGUGUUUCAACACUUACUAAUGGAAUCAUUGUCUUACAACUUUUCUGGUACUGGAAUGUUGAUAAGACUAAUAAGAAUAAAAUUAAGAAAAAGAAAUGA